GACCAUGGUGUUUCUCUCUGGAAAUGCCUCCGACAGUUCCAACUGCACCCACCCGCCGGCACCGGUGAACAUAUCCAAGGCCAUUCUGCUCGGGGUGAUCUUGGGGGGCCUCAUCAUUUUUGGUGUGCUGGGCAACAUCCUGGUGAUCCUCUCCGUGGCCUGCCACCGGCAUCUGCACUCGGUCACUCACUACUACAUCGUCAACCUGGCGGUGGCCGACCUCCUGCUCACCUCCACCGUGCUGCCCUUCUCGGCUAUCUUCGAGAUCCUGGGCUACUGGGCCUUUGGCAGGGUCUUCUGCAAUAUCUGGGCGGCGGUGGACGUCCUGUGCUGCACCGCGUCCAUCAUGGGACUCUGCAUCAUCUCCAUCGACCGCUACAUAGGUGUGAGCUACCCGCUGCGCUACCCCACCAUCGUCACCCAGAAGAGGGGUCUCAUGGCUCUGCUCUGUGUCUGGGCGCUGUCCCUCGUCAUCUCCAUCGGGCCUCUCUUUGGCUGGAGGCAGCCGGCCCCCGAGGACGAGACCAUCUGUCAGAUCACCGAGGAGCCGGGCUACGUGCUCUUCUCGGCGCUGGGCUCCUUCUACGUGCCACUGACCAUCAUCCUGGUCAUGUACUGCCGGGUCUACGUGGUGGCCAAGAGGGAGAGCAGGGGCCUCAAGUCUGGCCUCAAGACUGACAAGUCGGACUCGGAGCAGGUGACGCUCCGCAUCCAUCGGAAGAACGCCCCAGUAGGAGGCACCGGGGUGUCCAGCGCCAAGAACAAGACGCACUUCUCGGUGAGGCUCCUCAAGUUCUCCCGGGAGAAGAAAGCGGCCAAAACGCUGGGCAUCGUGGUCGGCUGCUUCGUCCUCUGCUGGCUGCCUUUUUUCUUAGUGAUGCCCAUUGGGUCUUUCUUCCCUGAUUUCAAGCCCUCAGAAACAGUUUUUAAAAUAGCGUUUUGGCUCGGAUACCUAAACAGCUGCAUCAACCCCAUUAUAUAUCCGUGCUCCAGUCAAGAGUUUAAAAAGGCCUUUCAGAAUGUCUUGAGAAUCCAGUGUCUCCGCAGAAAGCAGUCUUCUAAACACACCCUGGGCUAUACCUUGCACCAGCCCAGCCACACCCUGGAGGGGCAGCCCAAGGAGCUGGUGCGCAUUCCAGUGGGAUCAGGAGAGACCUUUUAUAAGAUCUCCAAGACGGAUGGGGUCUGUGAAUGGAAAGUUUUCUCUUCAAUGCCCCGUGAAUCUGCCAGGAUUACAGUGUCCAAAGACCAGUCAGCCUGCACCACAGCCCGGGUGAGAAGUAAAAGCUUUUUGCAGGUGUGCUGCUGCAUGGGGCCCUCGACCCCCAGCCAUGGAGAGAACCACCAAAUUCCAACCAUUAAGAUCCACACCAUCUCCCUCAGUGAAAAUGGGGAGGAAGUCUAGAGGACA